AAAAAGAAAAUAUGUAUUUAGACUGCACCAUGAAAACCUUAUCAAAGUUUAUGAAGAGCAAACUGAGAAAGUGUCCAUCGACACUAGCCACACUGCCUUAAAGUUGCGGCACUUCAACCAGCUCAUGACAAAGGAGAGCUACUGUGUCACCACUGUGGCAGACUCACAACAGAGGACGGCUAGCAAAAUCGGUGGCGAAGACAAGCAAAACAAAAAAUAGAGACAAAACUUCCAGGCCACGACUGGCCACAGGUCUGCAAGAACAUGUCUGAACGGGCUCUGACAGCACUCUAGGUGCACCUGCUACAAAGUUGUACAGAAGACAGAACUAAGAAAUGAGAGGUUGACACUGAUUUCCAUGGCAGUACACCAGGGAGCGAACUCUGUAGACAUGCUCGUACAUCACGUUCAAUGCACAGGGAGCAAGAAAAUACGGGCAAUAUGAGGGAAAUUGAAGUCCAGAUCAACCUAAUGGAUGAAAGAACCAUACAAAUUACGACAUUCACCAUCCCUGAUGCAAAACCCUUCCCGAAUCUGCAAAACCUUUCCCGAAUCUGAAACGCAUUGCCACCAUGCAGAUUCCAGCCAUGAUGGCACAUGCAGUGGUCACCAAACACCAGGCAGACAAGGUGCUGUUCCACAAGGACCUUUAGGAUGUACACAAGGGGAACAAGAAACAGGGCUUCAAGUACCAUGAUAUCUUCCAUAUAUUCCUGCAGGUACUGCUGCACGCAGUCUUCAGAGACGUCUUCCUCAAUCAUGACUGCCGCCCUCUCCCAACGCCGAUGCCCUCCUCGCCGCCGACAUCGUCAACUCCUCACAACGUCAAAACCAGUGAUCUGUGUGCAAAAGUGUACAGUGAAAGUGAUUUAGCGCUGCAGACAUAAAGUGAUUCAGCGUUUUCCCAGUGCAAGCAAAACACCAACAAGACACGAGCUGCCAGGAUACAGUGUAACAGUGCGUAUAACAUUUGCUUCCAUGCAAAAAUGUAGACUGGACAGUGUUUUUCAAACACGGACGGAAAAAAUCGCAUCACAAAAGAGUUCUGUGACAAAUGGACAUUGGUACGCGUUACUUCUACAUCGAUGAUACCUAUUCAAAUUUUGUGCCAGCUGCACAAGAAUGCCGACAGUAGCACCACUAUAAGGAUUCAAACCAGGGUUGCUUUAAAUACACACUUUGACAGUCGUGAGCGAGGGUUACCUUUGAGAUUCGCAAUGCUGAGCUGAUGUUAACCGCCGCCAUUUCCAAUUUCAGUGGUGUCAAGCGAGAGCUCAUUGGAGGGCAGAGUGAAGGUCUGCUGUAUUUUCUGAGGAAAGCUGGUUCUGCCUCGGUGCCAGUGAUGGGUGUGUGUUGGUUAGGAGGUGGCCAGUUGCGGCCAUGCAACCAACCAGUCUGUGCAAUACACACACUGGACCUGCACCUGGAGUUUGUGCCUGUGGGGUGAUUUUGUAUGACAGCAAGAGCUCUCUCGUGGCUAUCUCAUGCAACCUGACUGCAAAUUUGUUCAUCCGUCUAGUGAUUCGACAUGUAAUGAUGCCAUUCGUGAACAACAUUCCAGGUGGUGUUUUCCAGAAUGAUAACGUUCGCCCUCAUACCGUUAUUGUAACCCAACAUGCUCGGUCACCAGUUCUGUCUCCAGUUGAGCACAUAUGAAACAUCAUCGAACAACAAUGCCAUCGCACAAUCAGCAUUAAUUGCCAUUGUAUUGACCAACCAUAUGUAACUGACAUGGAACUCCAUCUGACAAACUGUCAUCUGGCAAUGGUACAACACAGUGCAUGCACAUUUGAAUGCUUGCAUUCAACAUUCUUGCAGUACACCGGUUAUUAAUGUACCAGCAUUCCACGUUUUCAAUGUAUACCCACGUUUUCAAUGUAUACCCACAUUUUCAAUGUAUACCCACAUUUUCAAUGUAUACCCACAUUUUCAAUGUAUACCCACAUUUUCAAUGUAUACCCACAUUUUCAAUGUAUACCCACAUUUUCAAUGUAUACCCACAUUUUCAAUGUAUACCCACAUUUUCAAAGUAUACCCACAUUUUCAAUGUAUACCAACAAUUUCAUUACUCUACAUUAAUGAAGUUUUCAUUUUUGGUAUCAUAAUUUUUGUCCAUUAGUGCAUAUUAACUCUUUCAAGUUUGGUGGUACAUUAUUUGUACCACCAAUUUGGAUGUGUAGAACAGCGCAUUCUCGUGGUAGAUUACUUUAACUACUAGCAGGGCUUGUUCUUUGUAGUUCUUAGAUGUAUGCACCAGAUGGCAGUUGCUACAGGGUUCUUGUAGCAGCACCAGCUUCAUAUUUCUACGUCAGGUGCGCUCAAGUACACUGUGGAGACAUUGUUAUUUGUUACCUGCCAACGGAAGUUUCCAACAAAAUUUCUAUUGGAACAUGUAAGUACAUUUGUUUAUUGUAAUUUUUGCAUUGUUCAGACUAUUUCUAUGAGAAAUUAUUAAAACGUAGCUAAUUAUUCAUCGGUUCAAAAUAUGGUACCACUGUACCACAACAGUCAGUCUACUUCAAACAUAGGUAAAUCUUACUCUUUACUUUUCAUUAAUAAUGAGGGGUCAGAGAAAGCUGACUGGGUCUGAAAUUUUGAAAGCCCUUGAAGAAGAUAUUCCAUCUGACAUAUCAUUUGAUAGUGGGGACAGUGAUGACACCAAUGACAAUUCUCAUUGUCUGGAACCAACAACAUCCAAAACUAUUCUGUUUGAUUCUGAUAUGUCAAGUGAUUCUGAAGUUGAGUGCCCAGCCACCGUUUCAGUAGUUAGGUCACCAGAGACUGAGCUAAGUCAAACUGUCACAGUGCAUCAGACUCCAUCUGAGAUUGCUGAUCAUCAGUCGAAGGCUGAACAUAAAAUGGAGUAAAACUGAACGCCCUGCUGAUGCCUCUGCAUUUACUUCCCAGUGUGGUCCCAGUGUUUUUAUUGUGGAGUUAGGCACACCAUCACCAUAUCACUUAUUUGGAGUUCUGCUUUCAGAUUUAUUUUUGUUUCAGACAAACUUAUAUGCGCAACAGUCUUCUCUGACUAUUGGUAAACCUUAUGUGACUGCAUCCAUGGAAGAAUUAAAAACUUUCUAAGGGAUAAAUAUCUUGAUGGGCAUAUAACCACUUCCUAGUUACAGAGACUAUUGGAGUUCAAGUGCUGAUCUACAUGAUAGUUACGUGAGUCAGCUGAUGUCAAGGAGGUGUUUCGAAUGGUUUCUCACCAACUUACAUUUGAAUGACAAUAGUAAAAUGCCACAACAAGGAGACACCAACUAUGAUAAAAUUUGUAAGUUGCGUCCUUUCCUAGAAAGACUUCCACAUAGCUUUCAGAAAGUGCUUAAUCCAAAUGAAUGUAUGGCAGUGAACAAAUCUAUGUUUAAAUUUAAAGGAAGAUCUUCUAUAAAACAAUACUUACCAAAGAAGAGGCUACAAGGUGUGGGUACUAGAAGACAGAUCUGGCUAUGCAUGGAAAGAAAGAUAAUGCUGUGGAAAAGAAAUUGGGAGAAAGAGCUGUGAAAGACCUCACUGAAACUAUUAACGGUAAGGAUCACAGAGUUUACUUUGAUAAUUAUUUCAGUAGCCCAGAUCGCCUUCGAGAUUAGAAAGAAAACAAAAUACAUGCUUGUGGUACAGUGAAUCCAAGUAGAAAAUCUUUACCUAUGCUGAAAAGUGACAAGGAAAUGAAAAGGGGUGACUAUGAUUGGGCUCCUAGCAAUACAGGCCUUAGUGUGAUGAACUAGAAAGAUAAGAGAUCCGUAUAUCUGCUUUCAAAUUUCCAUGAACCAACUCAAGCAACAGAGGUUACAAGAAAGGAAAAAGAUGGAAAUGAAAUAAAAGUUUCUUAACCCAUUGGUCUCUCCGAUUACAAUGCCAACAUGAAUUGUGUAAAUAAAUUUGACCAGCUGAAGGGCGUAUAUGAAACUGACAGAAAGAGCAGAAAGUGGUGGCACAGAAUAUUUUGGUACUUUAUUGAUGCCACCGUGGUGAAUGCUUCCAUCAUCCACAAAGAAAUGAAGUUGCCUAAGAUGACUCUGAAGGACUUCAGAAGAGAAAUCACAAGGGAUUUAGUGGCACCUGCCUUGGUAGCUUCAAGAGGUAAAAAGCGAAUUCUGAGCCGCCAUCUCCAGUUCAACAAGAAGAAACCCAAUGUUCCGAAAUCUGUGCGCCUUGAAAGUUCAUCUCAUCAGCCAGAAAGAUCUACAAGGAGGAGAUGUGCAGAAUGUAGUUCAAAGAAACAACAAAUUCGCACAGACUGGAUGUGUAGUGUGUGUAAGGUUCCUUUAUGCUUAGGGAAAAGGAAGACAUGCUUCCAAGACUAUCAUGCAUCUUGAUGCACGGUGGUACAAAAAAAUGAACCACCUCCCUUGUGACCAACAAUGAUUAUAAAAAUUGAAUUUUUGCGUACAAUGCUAAUAAUAAUGUUAUCUCUAUUAGAAAUAUGUUGCUUGUAUGAAUUUUUGACAACAAAAGUAAGUCGUGUACAUCUAAAGCUGUUUUUUGGUCAAAUUAGUUGUACGUGAAAGAAUUAAGACUCUUUUUCUCACUAUCUCCCUCUAUUUCAGCCUUCCUUAAAGUUUAAUCUGACAUAAUCCAUUGUGUCAUUUGUUCCACUGGUAUUCAUGGUGUCCAUAAAGUAUUUUUACAACUUAAGACCUCAGUUAACUUAAAAACUAUACUAGACACUAACAAAUGGUUUUCAACAUGUAGUAAGAUAAAGUUUCUUUACGUUCCAGGUGACACAACCUUGCUGCAAAAUUGAACCUGAAAACUUGACAAAAUGUGAAUGCCAUUGACAAUGCCUGGUAACCAAGUACAACAACACUUUCGAACACGGUAUGGAAAGCGAUCACAAGACAAGAAACUCCAAAAGUGACAAAAACUGGCGAUGACAAAAUCCCUGAAAUGACAUUUUUAACACCAGGAUCUGGGCCGGCUGACACUGCAAUGUGGAUGGUGGCGUGGGCCAAGAGGCCGCUGCCUGAAGUUGGUCCCAAAAGUACGCCUUUAGAACAGAUGCCGGCCGGCGACGACAAUGCAACUCUCCCGGUUACUCGGGAUCAAACUUUCACCACCUGGAAUUGUACUGGGAGAUCCAUCAUAGUUGCGGCCGUGAGACGGAACGAUCCAGAGGAGGAAUUGGGUGAGCAGGUGCCUGUACAAGACGCGGUCAAUGUGGAUCAGUACAUUAUUCGAGAUCCCGUUGCCGCGGCAACAUAUCAUGCAGUCUCUGCUAAACAAAGAGCCCAGAUGGAAAGGGGGCAGGUGGUCUUUGUCCGGGUGUUGAACAUCUUUAUCCUGGUCGGGCGACUCUGUGAAGAGGGGGAAAUGCUGGCUCAGCAGAUUAGGGCGCAGCUGCAGGGAGGUGCCCAGGGCCAAGGUGAGCAAGGGCAACAGCAGGGGCCACCGCCGUUAGGACAGAAUGAGCACCAGCCUCUUCUUGCAGAGCAAGCUGGAGAUGACCGAGAGCAACACGAUGGCGGCGAGAACAAUGGCAUGGAGGGUGCAGGUGGAGCCAUUGGUGAAGGAGCACAGGAUGGAGAAGACGAUGAAGUGCAGGUGGCACAUGCCGAGGCGGCGAUCUCAGUACGUAGUGACGAGAGCCAUCCCAGUUCGGUCGGUAACAGCGACAACAGGGCCUGUCGAGGUGGGGGAUCACCACGCAAUUCCUCACACUAAGUAUUCCUCCCUUAUCAACGCCCGGUUCGCAGAUCAAAGUGCGACAACCCUCCUCAUGUCAUCAAUUCGGGGGGUGUCGGUGCGAGACAAGGCUUCGGUGAUGUCUAUAGCUAAGGCUCCCACCUACAUCACCGAGACACCGCAAGAGGUGAUGGCGAUGUUAAGGAUAUUGUGUAUGGCCGCCUCUUGGGAUCAGUCGGUGCACCGCGUCGAUCCUACCAUGUUAAAGUUGAUUCGUGGCAUCCAAACCGUCACUCCAACCGGCCCCACAUACUAUGGCAGACCGGGUAUGGGUUAUCCGGACGGUGUGGUUUCCACUAUCCCACUCGAUCUUGCGGUGGCGUUGGGAUUGAACAAGUUGGCUGACAACCAGCUGGAUGACGUUUUUUCUUAUGGUACGAUGGACGUCACGUGGACGAUGGUCCCCAUAACACAGACAACCUUGAUGAACCCGUCGGCUUUCAUCUAUAUGAUGGGUUUCUUAGAUUCUGGUUAUUGGAACGGCCUCAUCAACAAUCAUUAUGAUGUGGAUUGGACAGAGGGAGAUACUGUCCGGAAAGGCAACAUAACAACUUUGCCUAAUAUAAAUUCCGUACGACUGCCUGGGCCGACAUCCAUUCUGUUAGUCCUCAUCGAUUGUAUCGCGAAAAGACUAUUCGGGAUUGCAUACGUUGUUUAUGGAAAUAGGCAACGUUCUAAAAUAGAGUGGAGGACUGCUGCAAGUCACCCACCAGCUUCAAACGCCAAUGUGUAAAAGUUACUUCUGGUGUUUGCAAGAAGUCCGAUAAAAUCGGUGCAUAUGGCGGCCAGAGAGUUGGCAAUGAAACUAUCAACAUUGCACAAUGUGUUGCGUAAGUGUUGAUUGUGUGUCUUGUGUUGGUUCUCUUCAGCUCAUUGCUCUUCACACAGGUAUACUUGUAAUGUACGAAACUUUUACUUUUGAUGUGUGAUAUUGGUUGCAGAUUAAUUUUUUGACGGCCAUGAAUAUGGCAUAUUACCAAAAGCAGUUGGUAUAAAAUACAAAUGAAGUCAGUAUUUGUGUGUCAUGCAUUGUAUAAAGUCUUGCAUAAGUGGUUACGACUAUAUCCCAACAGUUUGUAGUGGAUGCGUAUAUGCUAGGCAAGACUGUCGCAAGAAAUUACUUUUCAAAAUGUUUUUUUUCUCCGAUGAGGCAGUAUUUCAUAUUACCUGAAAUCAAUUAUCAUCAACGUUUAUACAUGGGGUUUACAGCAGCCUCAUGUUAGACGUGAACAACAAUGCCAGCGUCAUCCACAAUCAGCAUUAAUCGCCAAUGCAUUGACCAACCAAGUGCAACAGACACGGAACUCCAUCCAACAAACUGACAUCUCACAAUGGUACAACACAAUACAUGCACAUUUGAAUGCUCAUAUUAAACAUCCUUGCAGUUACACUGGUUAUUAAUGCACCAGCAUUCCACAUUUUCAAUGUCUUAUCUCAUGCUUACAUUAACAUGUGAUCCUGCAAUGUUAAUCAAUUACAGAUGUUACCUGGACAAAUGUAUACUCACAAUUUCAGUAUUCUACAUUAACUAAUUUUUAAAUUUUGGUGUUAAUUUUUCUCCAUCAGUGCAUAUUAAGAGGCUCUAUUUCUCACUAUCUCCCUUCAUUUCAUCCUUCCUUGAAGUUUAUUCUGAGAUAAUCCAGUGUGUCAUUUGUUCCACUGAUAUACAAGGUGUCCAUAAAGUAUUUUUACAAUUUAAGACCUUAGUUAACUUAAAAACUAUACUAGUCGCUAACAAAAAGUUUUCAACAUGUAGUAAGAUAAAGUUUUUUUACAGUCCAGGUGACAACCUUGCUGCUAAAUUGAACCUGAAAACUUGACAAAAUGUGAAUGCCAUAGGAGAAAACUCAGCGUGUAGCUCCUUCAUACAGACAAUGUCUGGUAACCAAGAGCAACGAAACUUUCGAACGUGGUAUGGAAGGCAAUCACCAUCCUGAGACACUUUGGGCUUAGCAUAUGCUGUUUAUGGAAACAAACAACAUUUUAAAAUAGAGGGGUGGUGUGGCGGUGGUCACACACCUGCUACAGACGCCAACGUGAGUAAGACAUGGCUGUUGGCGAACAGUUGACCGUAUCUUCACCACAACAAGGGACAUCAGUAGGACACCCACCUUGAACACCGAAAGCAACCCGCCUUAAAACCAGGCAUUUUCCAGACCUUCCGCCGCCCACAACGAAGAAAAGACCAACAAGGAGGUGUGUGAUGUGCACAAGAAAAGGCCUUCACAAAGAGACUUCAUACUGGCGUGCAGAAUGUGAAGUUUCCUUGUGUGCAGCACCUUGUUUUAAAAUGUUUCACACUGAAAAUGGAUUGUAAUAUCGUGAGAAUACAGUGUUCUUAACUUCUGCAACAUCUUUUAUUCAUUUACACCCAAUAUCAAUUUAAAUUCAACAACAAAAAGAUGAAGGAAAACUUUUAUGUGCAAGAACAGUACGUAGCACCACUGCACACAGGCGCACUGGUGCAUAUUACCCACUGUGGACAAGGUGUGUGCGCGCAAACUACCCACUUAACUGGUUAAAUAAUAAAUACAGUCUAAAACCAUUGUAUUAUGUUCCAUUCCUAACAGGCAAGCACAAACAUUAGUAGUAAUUAGCAAAAUAACAAAUUUAUCACAAAUACAGUAUAUUUCCCUUUUCCCCUAUACGAUAAAAUUCAUUUUAUUUUUCAGUAAUAUAUGGUGAACAAGACUAAUUUUUCUACUUAUUAGUAGUGUGUUGCUUUAUGCAGGAACUUACGGAAAUCAAAGGAAUAUACAGGUACUUGUCUAAUUAUCUGUUGUUGUAGCUUCAAUGUGCAGGGAGCGGCAAAAUGAUCUGAUGGUUUUCGCUAUUGCGCGGUAGAGUGAGUAGUCGGUGGGGGGUGGUGGGGACAAGCGUGUUUCAGACCCUACAUGUGUACAUUUUUAGCAGCCACGGUGGAGGGUUUGGUUGAGCUUCACACAUUUGUUGUAGAGGCGAUUUUUAAAAAUGGCGAUUCGUAUAUUGUUGUGCAGUGACAGUUCCAUAGGCAUUUUAAUUUUGGUCCACGAUUUAAAGUUCCAUAACACAACACAAUUACGCUGUGGGUGAGUAACUUCAAAGCUAUUGGUUCAGCACUGAAACGUAAGUUGACAGGCCGUCCAAGAUCAGCUGGACACCAGAGAAUAUUGGCAGAGUAAGAGAAGCUGUGGAAGCCAGUCCUCUGUGGCUGACCCAUAAACACGCUGCUGCUUUGCAUGUGUGACCACUCGGUAAGACGAAUUUUGCAGUUUGAUCUGUCCUUGCAUACAAAACAUUCUCCAGCUAUUGAAGCCCAAUGACUAUGCAAAGCGAAAAGCAUUUUCAGAGCAAAUGAUUAAUUUCAUGACAUGAAAAAAUUUUCAUGAGCAGCGACGAAGCACAUUUUCAUCUGGACAGUUGUGUAAAUAAACAGAACUUUCACUAUUGGUCAACUACAAAUCCUGAAGACCUGCAUGAACAUCCUCUGCAUAGUCCGAAGGUCACUGUGUGGUGUGGCGAAACAAAAACUUGGGUCACUAAGCCACACUUCUUUGAAGAGGGAGGUCAAACUGGAUAGAAGUGGCAAUAGCAAUGCUCCACCACGGAACUGAC